UCGUCAUUGACAAAUAGGCAACGCCUCCGCUGCGCCCUUGCGAGCGGCGGGGCCGGUUUACGGCUCUGCGGUAAAAUAAAUACAUAUUUAAGAGGCUUAAAAAGAGGCGAGAGCGGUUUGUCAUUUUUGUGCAACACUAAGAACACUCCCCUUGGCCGUCGAGGGUGUUUCAUGGCGUUGCACAGCUGGUAACUUGCAAGCCAGUGUCCAUGUCUUUUCUGAGGUGGGUCUCGGAGAAGCUGAGCGUCGAGAGCUUGAGGGAUCUGGAGCUGUUUGGAGAGCAGGCUCAGGGGAGCUCGCACAGGAAAGCUAAUGAAGAGAGCUGCGAGUCUUUAGCAUCUCUCCCUCACCAGGAAGCCAUGGGCAGCUUUCUGCCGGACAGCUGUUACUAUGACCUGCUCACCAUCAUAGGGCGAGGUUUGGAGGAGCUGAUGACUGUGAACCUGGCCAGGUACCGACCCACAGGGGAGCCCGUGUGCGUCCGCAGGAUCCACCUGGAGUCCUGCACCAGCGAGAGGGUCAGCUUCCUGCAGAGUGAACUUCGUGUUUCCAAACUAUUCCACCAUCCCAACAUUCUGCCCUAUAGAAGUAUCUUCAUAGCAGAAAAUGAACUGUGGGUAAUCACUCCCUUUAUGGCGUAUGGCUCUGCCAAGGAUUUGAUCAGCACCCACUUCACCGAUGGCAUAAGCGAGCUGGCCAUCGCCUACAUCCUGCAGGGGGCGCUCAAAGCCCUGGAUUACAUCCACCACAUGGGCUACGUGCACAGGAGUGUGAAGGCGAGCCACUUGCUGCUGUCCUGCGAUGGGCAGCUGUACCUCUCUGGGCUGCGGAGCAUCUUCAGCCUGAUUGGGCAUGGGCAGCGCGCGCGUGUGGUGCACGACUUCCCCCAGUACAGCGUCAAGGAGCUGCCCUGGCUGAGCCCGGAGGUGCUGCAGCAGACUCUGCAGGGGUACGAUGCCCGCUCUGAUAUAUACAGCCUGGGCAUCACUGCCUGCGAGCUGGCCAAUGGACACGUCCCAUUCAAAGACAUGCCGGCGACACAGAUGCUGCUGGAGAAGCUGAACGGCACGGUGCCCUGCCUGCUGGACACCAGCACCAUCCCCCCUGAGGAGCUCCGCUUGGGGGCCGACCCCGGAGCCUGCGGACUGCGCCCCGCCAACGGAGAGCCCAGCCCGCACCCCUACAACCGCACCUUCAGCACCCACUUCCACAGCUUCGUGGAGCUCUGUCUGCAGAGGGACCCCGAGAGGAGACUGCCAGCCAGCGCCCUUCUCGGACAUUCCUUCUUCAAGCAGAUUAAGCGGCGUGCCUCGGACGCGCUCCCUGAGCUGCUCCACCCUGUCUCCCCCAUCACACGCUUUGAGUGCGCCCAGCCUCACGACUCCCCCGGGGGACCAGCCAGCCUGGAGGCCAGCCUGAGCCAGCUGGAGGUGGAGGACUGGGACUUCUGAGAGAGGAGGAGGAGGGAGACUGAACAAGCUAGAGGUUAUAGGACAGGGGAGGAGGGAGAGGAGAGGGGAGAGACUGAGCCAACCGCAGGAGGAGGAGGAGGAGGGGGAGUGGGACGGGGAGUCAACACAGCAGAGCUCCCACCUGACACCCUUGUCCACACGGAGCUCCUGAAGCUGGCUGCUGUGCGACUGAGAGGCAGGGAGAGCAGGGCAGGUUUGGAGGAAUGGCAGCAGUGUUGAGGAAUCAUUGAAACCUAACUCUGACUUUUCGUUUCCCCAUCUUCUCUCUCUGUAGUUCGAUCUCUGCAGAGACAGCUUUGGAUCCAGUAAACUCAAAUUCUUCCGG